AUGCUGACGACGGCAGGACGGCGUUUGUCGCGUGUUGCCGUCUCUCCGCGUCCGCGGAUGCGGAACUACACUCUUGGCAACAUGCCACCACCUCCAGCUGUAAAUAUACGCACACAUGAUAUGAUUUCGCCACAGGAACGGAGGUUUCUCGAGGCGGCUGAACGAGGCGACAAACCUACAAUACAGGAAUGUCUGCUUACGAGAGAGGGAGAAACGCCGCUGAAUGUCAACUGCCUCGAUUCUAUGGGUCGUUCGGCUUUAGAAAUUGCUGUUGACAACGAGAAUAUCGAAGUUGUCGAUCUCCUCCUCAGACAUCCAGAUAUUCGCAUAGGCAAUGCUCUACUUUGCGCCAUUCGUGAAGGUGUUUAUCGGCUGGUAGAAAUGCAAGUGAACCAUCCGUCUAUCACACGAGAAAUGCUUGGAGAUGGAUGGGCUGAGCAUCUCGAUCCGGGCGAGGCUGCUUCGGCGGAAUAUUCGAGUGAUAUAUCGCCAAUAAUUCUUGCCGCACAACUAAAUCAAUUCGAGAUUCUGCAAAUGCUCCUCAGAAAAGAUGCCAGGAUUGAAAGGCCGCAUCGGUACUCCUGUAUAUGUGAGACAUGUGAUCGUGAACGCCUGAACGAUUCGCUACAGUACUCUCUGAAGAGGAUCAACACCUAUAGAGCAUUAGCGAGCCCUGCUUGGAUGAGUCUGACCAGCCCUGAUCCCAUACUCUCCGCUUUCAAACUCAGCUGGGAAUUGCAGCAGUUGGCUGUCGUAGAGCAUGAAUUCAAAGAAACAUAUCUACAGCUAGCAGAGCAAUGUAAACAAUUUGCUUGUGAUCUGAUGAGCCAGUGCAGAAGCAGCGAAGAAGUAAUCGCUGUUCUAAACAAAGACUGCAAUUCACACGAUGAAAAUGUGGACGUUUGGGCAUCAAAGUUGAGCUUAUCACGACUGAAGCUUGCCAUUAAAUACGAACAAAAAGCUUUUGUUUCACACCCUCACUGCCAGCAGUUGCUAACCUCGAUAUGGUAUGAAGGCUUUCCUGGAAGACAACAAAGGGGUUCAUCAUGGAACAUUAUCGUUUGUAUUAUACUUAUCAUCCUGUGGCCGGUACUCGCUUUCUGCUACAUACUGAUGCCAAAAAGUCGCAUUGGUCGUAUUGUCCGUUCGCCUUUCAUGAAGUUUCUUUACUACUCGAUAUCAUUCGGCUGUUUCUUACUAUUAUUGACGCUAGCAACAUUUGAAAGUUACCGGAGUGAAAAAGGAGAACGAAAGGGUGGUGGGACUACUCGUGCGUCAGAUCGCGGUCCUCCUCCGACGUUGAUAGAGACUCUGGUUGUAGCAUGGGUUCUAGGUAUGUUGUGGUCGGAAAUUAAGCAAUUAUGGGAGGAGGGUUUUACGAAAUAUGUACAUCAAUGGUGGAAUUGGCUCGACUUUAUCAUGAUUUGUUUGUACUUGUGUACGAUUUCCGUCAGGCUGAGUGCUUACUGCAUCUAUAGCGCCACCGACUACCCAAAUCGAUACUCAAUUCGUACCUAUUGGGAUGCCUAUGAACCGAUGCUGGUAGCCGAAGCACUCUUUGCAGUUGGAAAUGUUUUCAGCUUCGCGCGGAUUAUCUACUUAUUUCAAACAAAUCCCUACCUCGGACCGCUCCAGAUUUCACUGGGUUGCAUGCUGGUAGAUGUUGCCAAGUUCUGCUUUAUAUUCGUUCUGAUCAUCAGCAGUUUUAGCAUUGGACUAGCGCAGCUUUACUGGUAUUACGAUCCUGACACUCCUGUGUGCCUAACUCCUGAUAAUUGUAAGCUCGAAUCUAAUGUGUUCUCAUCAAUUGCCGACUCCUACUUAACCUUGUUAUGGUCGUUAUUUUCUAUCACCAAGGUCGAAGACACGGAUGUUGCAGAGAACCAUCACCUAACACAGUCUGUUGGGCGUGCGAUGUUCAUACUGUAUCACUGCACAUCAAUCAUUGUGCUUCUAAACAUGCUGAUCGCCAUGAUGAGCCACUCAUUCCAGACCAUUAACGAUCAUGCUGACUUGGAGUGGAAAUUCCAUAGAACAAAAUUAUGGAUGGCUCAUUUCGACGAAGGUUCUAGUCUUCCGCCUCCCUUCAAUAUAGUCAUCACUCCUAAGGCAGUGGUCUAUUUCUUUUUCGGUGUAGUCAACACCUUUCGAUGCUUAGUUGGAAAAUACACUUACGCGAAAAGUACAAGUCGAGCAACCAUCAGGCGACCCGGUUACUCUCGUAAACGUAACGAGAUGAAGGAUAAUCCUGACGAGGCGAAUAAGAAGCCAUUAACGUAUGCGGACAUUAUCCAAAGGCUUGUCUCAAGGUUCAUCCAUCAAACAAAGAAGGAUAUGAAGAUGGACGGAGUGAACGAGGAUGAUUUGCUUGAAAUCAAACAAGAUAUCAGUAGUCUUAGAUACGAGCUGAGGGAUGAUCGCCGUCGAGAGAUUGUUCGAAGCUCGUCACAUAUCGAUGCAGUAAAACGGGAUAUAAUGAGGACAAUGAGCAGUACAAGAAGUCGUGUACUACCGGCUACUUAUCGCUUUCCUAGAGAUCGCUCAUCUGUCGCUGAAGAGCUGGAAAUGUCUAGUACUAGUGAGGACGAUGAAAAAACAGACUCAGUUUCACUCCUUUUCACUCCACCUGCCAACUCGACGCUACCGGAGAUACUUCAAGAGCGCGUCAUAGAUCCAGAGCAAAAGGAAAAACGCCGACGCUCUUCAGAAGCAAGCGGUGGUAUUGGCUUGGCUGAUAGGAUGAGAUUAAUAGCAACUCGAAGGGGAUCCGACACUCGGACACAUUCAGCACUUCGUAAAACGGAUACCGCCUUCAGCUUUCCUAUCAAUGGAAUUAUGAUGAGUCCACCGUCGCCAAGGACUCCAAAAAGCGUUUUGAAAUCUCCGGAAUCUCCACGUCAAAGUACGCAAGUUGAUGUUGCUUCCAUCCAAGCCAUUCAAAAUCUUCGCACUGAGAUUAAUCAAAAGCUUGAUCUCCUCAUCACUAGCAUAGCAGCAGGAGUAACCGUCAAAGACGCGAGGAAUAGCGAUGAGAACAGUAAUCUUACGCCUUCACCCAAAAGAAAUAGCAAAGUGAAUUUUAGCGACAGCGAUGUCAAAUGA